GGAUGUCAAGCUGCUUUCUCGCAUCGCAGGAACGACUUGGUGGAUUUCACGCUUAGCUCAUUACUUUCAAAAUGACUUUGCCACUGUCUGCAGCGGACUGAUUCACCAUGCCCAUCAUUUCCCGGAGCAGCGACAACGACUACAGUAAUCUGAGCGACACGUCUUGCAGUUCCCUGAACCACAUUGUCCCAGUAAGUCACUCGGAGGUGCCUCCUGUCAAGGGAGUCUUUUACCGGCGAUGCAGGCGGAUCCAGCACCGGGGAGGGCUGAGCGACACUCCCCGGCACCAGCAACAGCAGAGGCACCUCAUCGUCAAUGUGGGGGGCAGUAGGUACCUGCUGCCUUGGAGCACCCUGGACGCCUUCCCACUCACACGCCUGGGCAGGCUCAGGUUUUGCCGCAGCCGCGAGGAAAUCGUGCAAAUCUGCGACGACUAUGACGAGUCCACCCACGAGUUCUUCUUUGACCGGAACCCUUGCGCCUUUCGCAUGAUCCUGACUUUCAUCUCGGCCGGGAAACUGCGCCUCCUGAGGGAGAUGUGCGCCCUGUCCUUCCAGGAGGAGCUGCUGUAUUGGGGCGUGGAGGAGGGUCAGCUGGAGUGGUGCUGCCGCAGGAAACUGCUGCUCAAAGUUCGGGAGGUGGCCGAAAUCAGGAGGGGAGAAGACCUCGAGGCGGACAAAGAGAAAGCGAGUGUCCUGGCCGACAGCACCAAAUUGGGGUACUGCAUGGAAAAACUGAGAGACAUGGUGGAAAACCCCCAGUCAGGGAUUCCUGGGAAAGUGUUCGCCUAUCUGUCCAUUAUAUUUGUCACUAUAACAGUGAUUAGCAUUUGCAUCAGUACAGUGCCGGAACUGAGGACAGGAGAGGAAAGGGAUAAAUGUUCCCAGAGAUGCUAUAACAUGUUUAUAAUAGAAACCAUCUGUGUGGCCUGGUUCUCCUUGGAAUUUGUUCUUCGGUUUGUACAGGCACGAAGCAAAUGGCAGUUUCUGAGAAGCCCUCUGAACAUUAUUGACAUUUUGGCAAUCCUACCAUAUUAUGUUGCGCUUGUAGUUGACAAAGGACCUGCUGACAGCAACAAACCUUCAGGAAGUAACAUCCAUUUGGAAAAAUUAGGCCUGGUCCUCCGAAUAUUGCGCGCCUUGAGAAUUCUGUAUGUUAUGCGCCUUGCUAGGCACUCCCUAGGACUUCAGACUUUGGGUCUUACAGUCCAUCGCAGCAUUCGUGAGUUUGGACUACUGCUCCUUUUCCUUUGUGUGUCAGUCACGCUAUUUGCACCAUUGGUAUUCCUUGCAGAGAAUGAGAUGGGCAAAGGGCAAGACUUCAGCAGUAUUCCUGCAUCUUACUGGUGGGCUAUCAUUUCCAUGACCACAGUUGGAUAUGGUGACAUGGUACCUCGAACGAUUCCUGGUCAAGUGAUAGCUCUAAGUAGCAUCCUUAGUGGGAUCUUAAUUAUGGCAUUUCCUGCAACAUCCAUUUUUCAUGCAUUUUCCCGUGCAUAUUUGGAGCUCAAACAAGAACAAGAAAAAGCACAGGCCCGUUUGAAGUGCAUCCAAAAGGCAGCAACGCAGGCAGAAAAUGAAGAAUUAAGUGACACAAAAAAUGCUUCUGCAGACCCAGUUUGUUAAUGAAUUUAAUGACGCGGAGAAAACAGUAUUUUAAUAGUUUGUAAUUUUAUCAAUUUAUUCACUCAUGUUUCUUACUUGUGCUGUACUGCAUAAAAUAGAUACCCCAGAAACAGGCAAUUCAGCCCAUUGAGUAUGUGUUAGUGCUUAUAUCUACAAGUCUCCUUCCAUUUCAUCUACCUCAACGCAGCCUUUCUGUAUAUCUUUCUAUUCAUUUAUUUUCUCAAGUGUCCUAU